UGCUCGGUCAGGGCAAGAGGUCCUACUCACCUUCAAAUUCUCCAAUCUCCAUCAUCUGUUGUUUCGUGGAGCUUGGUUUGAUUUGAUACAUCAAUACAUCAUACAUCACCUUCAUGGCAAACUGCUUCCGGAGGCCGUCGAUGAUGGUGCCCGCGGCCCCUAGGAGCGAGGACGAGAUCCUCCAGCCAGCCAACCUCAGAAGUUUCACCUUCACGGACCUCAAGAAGGCCACGAGGAACUUCCGGCCGGAUAGCGUGCUCGGUGAGGGCUGCUUCGGAUCGGUGUUCAAAGGGUGGGUUGACGAGGCCUCCUUCGCCCCGGCAAGCCCUAGGACCGGCAUGCCCAUCGCCAUCAAGAAGCUCAACCAGGAAAGCUUCCAAAUCCACAAGGAAUGGCUCGAUGAAGCGAAUCACCUAGGCCGAUUGACACACCCCAAUCUGGUGAAGAUGCUAGGGUACUGCCUCGAAGAUGAGCAGCACCUAGUCGUCUAUGAGUUCAUGCCACAAGGAAGCUUGGAUAACCAUCUUUUCAGGAGGGGCUCACAUUUCCAACCACUGUCAUGGGAUCUGAGGAUGAAGGUUGCUCUUGGGGCAGCCAAAGGGCUCGCAUUUCUCCACAGCGACAAGGCCAAUGUCAUCUACGGUUACUUCAAGACAUCAGAUAUUCUUCUUGAUUCGGGCUACAAUGCAAAGUUGUCUGAUUUUGGGAAGCCAAAGGAAGAAGAACCAACCGUUGGUCCGAGCUUUUAUAUUGAUGAAUUGCCGAGCUACUAUGCAAAAAGGCUGUCUGAUCUUGGGUGGUCGACCGGUAAUACAGAGGAUCCGACAGCAGAGGGCGACGUGUACAACUUCGGGGUGGUGCUGCUGGAGGUACUAGCCGGCCGGCGGCGACUGGACCGGAGCCGGCCAUCCCGUGAGCAAGACCUGGUGGAGUGGGCGCGGCCGCACCUGAGCAAGCGCCAGAUCUCCCGCAUCCUGGACGCGCGGCUGGGCGGACAGUACUCCCUCGCCGACGCACAGGAGGCCGCCGCGCUGGCGUGCAAGUGCCUCUCUGGUAACUUGAGUGUCCGGCCGAGCAUGGAGCAGGUGGUUGCGGCACUGGAGCAGCUGCAGGACACCAAGGAGACCGCAGUGAGCGAUCAGGGGUGCCGCGUUGUCAGGAAGUUUGGUGGUAGCCGACAGCAGCAACCGUAGUUGGCAGAGAAAAGACAGCGUCGGGGGCGUUGCUGCUGAGCCAAUGAUGAAGUGUAAAGAGGGAGGCAGAGACGAUAUAUUCUCUGAAUGCGCAAUUAGUGCUUCUUGCUUUUGCAAAUUCAGGUCUGCCAUGGUUUUGCUUCUUUAUACAGAAGGGAUGAUGAUUAGUGAAGUUUCUGUUUUGAGGACUCUGCCGCCUCGCUGAUUGGAAAUGAGCUGAAGAGUACUAGUAAUAAGCAAAAAAAAAUUAAAAUGAAUGAAUCAA